GACCAUACCUGCGGACGUCCACAAUACCGGGGGUUUUCGCCAUCAGUCGCCGCUGAGCCCAGACCAACGGCAUCUGCAGUUGCUACCAGACACAGUUCCUCCGUCCUCGCUUGUAUAUCCUCAUCCCUGUCGCGUGCCGCUGAACGCCUCUUCUCUCCCGUUAUAAAUUCUGCUCCUUUUCUGGACGUCGCCGCAAGCCACAAGUGUUCUUAGCGAUGAAGAACUGGGAGGCUUUGCAGAAGCAUCUUGUGCUGUGGCUGCUGAUGCUGCAGACUCACCCGCUGACAGGUCGACUCGGCGUGAGGGGGGCCACGUCGCCGCGCCAGAGCCCCAACGACCCCGACAGGUGCGACAACGGACGGUCCGUGGACGGUCGGUGCCUCUGCGACCCUUGUUGGGACGGAUCCCAGUGCCUCCAUUACGUGGACAUCUACCCCCCUCGAUUCCUCAUCCACGCCGCCACGGUCGUCCUCCCAGUCAACGCUUCAGGGUCCCGGGCGCCGCCUCUGCAGCCCGGCCGCUCCUACAAGUAUAAGAUUAUGGUGCAGGGUGUGCCUGAGGGGGAGCCGAAGACGGAUCUCCAGUACGACCUCCUCGACCUCAAAGUCUACGUCACCGAGGACCACGUCAAGAAGAUCCCCUGGACUUAA